GUUUAUUUAUUUAUUGACUUUUAACAUUUCUUUUUUCGUUGGUCAAUUCAAGGAUCUGAAUUAGUGAAACAAAACCAUGAAGAAGGAAAAAACGGUUGACAUUAGUCGACCCUAUAAAUUAGCCCAUCAAAUUGUAAGUCUCACUGGAAUCAAUUUCGAAACAAAGUGUAUUAUUGGUUUCGUGGAACUAACAAUUAUUCCACUUAAAGAUAAACUCUCGUUUGUGAAUGUCAAUGCGAAGCAAUGCAGAAUUUAUAAAGUUUUUCUGAACGAUACGUUGGAAGUGCCUUUCCAGUAUUUUGAUCCCUUUCUGGAUAUUUGCCAAGGAGAUUCGGAGCAACGAUCGCUCGAAGCUUUUUCGAAACUACACCUCGCGGCAGCUCAAAAAGUCGAUUCGGACGCGAAUUCAGGUGAGUUAGUGAUCCCAAUUCCUCGAAAACCAGAUCACCUGGUCGUCGAGGGUCGCCCUCUCCGAAUCGGGAUCGAAUUUACUCUCGAGAAUCCCGAGGGUGGUGUUCACUUCGCCCUGGUUCCAAAAAAAAAUGACCAGGAUACGCGAUCCCACGCCGAAAGAGGCUCUCACAUGUACACCUACAGUUACGAAAAUGCCUCCCGCCUCUGGUUCCCCUGCAUCGAUUCGUUCGCGGAACCCUGCACCUGGAAACUCGAAUUCACCGUCGACGUUUCCAUGAUCGCCGUUUCCUGCGGCGACCUCGUCGAGACAAUCUAUACGCCCGACAUGCGACGGAAAACCUACCACUAUGUCCUAAACACACCAGCUUCGGCCCCAAACAUCGCCCUGGCAGUUGGACCCUUCGAGGUUUAUGUUGACCCCAACAUGCACGAAGUCGCGCACUUCUGCCUGCCGCAACUUCUCCCCUCCUUGAAAGUAUCCGCGAAGUACGUCCACGAGGCGUUUGAAUUUUACGAGGAAACCCUCUCAAAUCGUUACCCCUAUUCCUGCUACAAGCAGGUCUUUGUCGACGAACUCGACGAGGACAUCAACGCCUACGCGACAAUGAGCAUCCUAAACACGAAUCUUCUUCAUUCCUCGCCGAUAAUUGACCAGGUUUACCUGACGAAACGGGCCAUGGCGCAGGCGAUUGCGGAGCAAUUCUUCGGGUGCUUCAUCUCGAUGCAGAAUUGGUCAGACACCUGGUUGCCGAAAGGGAUUUCGACUUAUCUGACCGGGCUCUAUGCGAAGAAGUGUUUCGGCAACAACGAGUACCGGGACUGGAUUCAAUCCGAGCUUCAGGAAGUCGUCAAGUACGAGGAGCAGUUUGGCGGGAUUAUUAUCGAUCCUUCACAACCGCCCGCGCCUCUUCCUAUGGCUGCGAAUACCCCAGCUCCAGCGCCACGAGCUCCCGAUCCGGGAUUUUAUUUCCCGAUUAGAAAUCUCCACACGAUGUCGCCAAAGUAUAGCGAGGUUUUGAGGAAAAAAGCGCAUCUGGUGAUCCGAAUGUUGGAGCACAGAAUUGGACAGGAACUCCUGCUCCAGGUUUUUAAUAAGCAACUCUCCUUGGCUGCUAACGCAGCACAGCAGAGGAUUGAUUCGGGUUUGUGGUCGCACAUGUUAAUCAGCACGAAUGUUUUCACUAAGGCGAUUUUCACCGUGACUGGGAAAGAUAUGGCGGUUUUUAUUGAUCAGUGGGUCCGAACGGGAGGACACGCAAAGUUCAAUUUGAGCUUUGUUUUUAACAGAAAGAGGAACACUGUCGAGUUGGAGAUUCGACAGGAUACGGCUCAUCAGCGAGGGAUCAGAAAGUAUGUUGGUCCUCUCUUGGUGAACAUUCAGGAACUGGAUGGACCCUUCAAGCACACUUUGCAAAUCGAAGGAACAGUCGCAAAGGCGGAUAUUACGUGUCACAGCAAAAGCAGAAGGAACAAGAAGAAGAAGAUCCCGCUUUGCACUGGAGAGGAAGUGGACAUGGAUCUCUCGGCUAUGGACGACUCCCCCGUUUUGUGGAUUCGAGUCGAUCCCGAAAUGACGCUGAUGCGGGCCGUUCAGAUUGAGCAGCCCGAUUAUCAGUGGCAAUAUCAACUCAGACAUGAGAGAGACGUGACUGCACAGACUGAAGCUAUCGCAGCUCUGCAGAAUCACGCGACUCCCGCCACGAGACUGGCUCUGACAGAUACGAUAGAAAACGAGAGUUGCUACUACAAAGUCCGACUCAGAGCAGCGCACUGUCUGACAAAAGUAGCGAAUGCGAUGGUAGCAACCUGGGCGGGACCGCCAGCAAUGUUAGCGAUCUUCAGGAAACUGUAUGGUUCCGCUUCUUGCCGGAGAAUCAUCAAGCAGAACAACUUUCAGAAUUUCCAGCACUAUUUUCUCCAGAAGACCAUUCCCGUUGCGAUGGCGGGUUUGAGAAAUGCACAUGGAAUCUGUCCGCCGGAAGUGCUUGCCUUUUUGAUGGAUCUCUUCAAGUACAAUGACAACAGCAAGAACCGCUACUCGGAUAAUUACUAUCGUGCUGCCUUGAUUGAAGCUUUGGGCGCGACUGUAACGCCGGUCAUCAGCGUCCAGCAAGGAACUGCAAUCACUGCAGAGUCGCUUUCGGUCGACACGAAAGCAAUUCUGGAAGAGGUGACGCGGAAUUUAAAUCUGGAGAAGCUACUCCCUUGUUAUAAAUACACGGUCAGUGUUGCUUGUCUCAAGGUGAUCAGGAUUUUGCAGAAAUUCGGACAUCUGCCGAGCAAUCCUCAUAUAUUUAGAGCCUACGCGGCUUAUGGACAGUUUAUCGAUAUCAGGAUUGCGGCUCUCGAAGCUUUGGUUGACUUUACAAGAGUGGAUGGCAAAUGGGAGGAUUUGUUGUUUCUUCUCAAUCUUGCUAAGCAUGAUAAACAUCCGGGAGUGAGACAUCGGUUGGUGAGACUCAUGGUCGAGAAUCCUCCGUUCGAGAGAGCUCACAAGCAUCCUUUAGACAAGCCGGAAUUGGUUGACACGAUUUGGGAGUUGAUCAAUAAUGAGUUGUCCCAUGAUGCGAAAUUGAGAUGCGACUGGGUUGAUUUUUAUUACACUCUCUACGGAUCAAAGCGACCCCUUUGUCUCCCGAUCAAGGAACUUGAGAUGCUGAUGAGACCCAAAAAAGUGACUCCUGAAAGAGAGAAACCGCCUGCGGUUUUGAAGGAGAUUUUACCCGAGCCGGAAGUUGUGGCCGCGAAAAGGAAAGCCUCGCCUGAUAAGGAAGUUCCGGGAGCUGUGAAUGUUUUGGAGAACCCGGAUGUGAAGAGGGUGAAGAUCCAGGAGAGUUCCGAGCUUUCAAAUGACGGGAAAGUCAAGUCGGAUUAUUAUAGUGAUAAUUCGGCAUCACUUCCGGGAAUAAUGGGAACGGAAGGUCCGGUUGGUUUCGAGCCAGGUAUGUUUAAGCAGGAGGAGGAUCACAAAGGGAAGGGAGAUUUGGGGAACAAGGGCAAGAAGAAGAAGAAGGAUAAGAAAAAACACAAGCAUAAACAUAAACAUAAACAUGAUCAUAAACAUGGAAAGGAGAAGGACAAGAAGGGUAAGGAUAAGAUGAAGGAGAAGGAUCAGACGGGGUUGAAAGUAAAGGAAGAGACUCUAAGUUCGGCGAGUUCAAGUCCCAGUCCUGAUGCUUCGAGUGCAACUAUGGAAUUCACUUUUCCAAACAUGUGAUUUUAAUUUUGGUUGUUGUAAAUAUAUUCCAGUGGUUUUAAAAUUCGCUGAAGUAAUUUUUAGUUUAGGGCAUUAAAAUCAAACUCCAGGCCUUUACGCAUUUUUUUGGAGCUAAGUUUUUGGGCGAUUUGGAGACGAAGUAUGGGUACGCGUCCACUGAGGGCGCCACGUCAAUGAUGAGACACACACACUCAAACGCAAAAUAAAUGUGAGGCAAUGGAUGAUUGGGAAAAGCUUCGUUUUCCACCAAACGCAGACCGUUGCCAGUUUUCGGAUAUCUUUAUUCUCGCGUAACUUUUGACACUUCUUAGAAGAAAAUGCAUGAAGGCUUGGAGAGCACGAUUGGAACUAAGACCUAACCUCAAAAUUGGUUUGAUUUAUUUUAUACUCCAUAAAUACUAGAAUUAAUAAAGAAUUUUUUUUCAAAUACUCACGUUAGAAUCCCAAAAAAUAGUUUUACAUAAAAAGUAUUAAAAUUAGUAAAUUUUUCGCUCUGAAUAUAGACCCAAAUAACAGAAAUGUGAUUCUAGUAUUUAAGGAAUAAAAUGAGGCAAUUCAAUUUUGAGGUUAGGGCCUGAUUACAACGACCCUGAGGGGAAAUAUCAAUGAAAUUUUUGUUUAUAAAACAAAAUAGUCAAUACGGGAUAUGACCGGGAUAUUAGGAUAAUUUUAUAAUUGUACAAAAGUUUCGAUUUGUGGCCUAUGAUUUAUAUGACUUCUGAAAGUCUACGAAGAAGUGUAUAAUUUUGAUUGAAAAAAAAAUCUCAUCUUGUU